AUGGUUCGAUACGCAACGACGGCCGAUUCAGCGAAAUCCGCGAAGUCGCGAGGCUCCUACCUCCGCGUCUCCUUCAAGAACACCCGGGAAACCGCCCAGGCCAUCAAUGGCUGGAAGGUCCCGCGUGCUCUCCAAUACCUUGAGAAUGUAAUUGGACACAAGGAGGCCGUGCCGAUGCGACGAUAUGCCGGCAGCACCGGUCGAUGUGCUCAAGGCAAGCAAUUCGGUGUCUCCAAGGCUCGAUGGCCCGCCAAGUCGGCCGAGUUCCUCCUCGGUCUCCUCAAGAACGCCGAAGCCAACGCCGAUACCAAAGGCCUCGAUACCAGCGCUCUCAUCAUCAAGCACAUCCAAGUCAACCAGGCCCCGAAGCAGAGAAGACGCACUUACCGUGCUCACGGUCGUAUCAACCCCUACAUGUCAAACCCCUGCCACAUCGAGAUGAUCCUCACUGAGGGCGACGAGGUCGUUAAGAAGGCUGCCCCGGUCGCGGAACGCUUGAACACCCGACAGAUCGGCGCCCGCCGAAGGAAGGCCAUCACCUCCGCUUAAAUGUCGGAUUGGACGAAGGGGACAAAGGAUGCGGUUGAAGAAGCAGAAGCGCCGUGGAUUCACUCUGCGGUUGCGGUCAUCUCUCCAUAACUUCUUAUGGACGUUUCGGGCGUCUCGUGUGCUUCAGAAGCAUUGCGUGGGGAAAUUCUUUCUAUGAUCAGUCACUGCGCGGGUACUCAUGGCCAAAAUACAAAAGCGUAUUGCAUAUGAAUUGUGU